AUGAACGCGCAGCUGACCAUGGAGGCAAUCGGGGAACUGCACGGGGUGAGCCAUGAGCCGGUGCCGGCCCCUGCCGACUUGCUGGGCGGCAGCCCCCACGCGCGAAGCACGGUGGCCCACCGCGGCAGCCACCUGCCCCCGGCGCACCCGCGCUCCAUGGGCAUGGCGUCCUUGCUGGACGGCGGCAGCGGGAGCGGCGAUUACCACCACCACCACCGGGCCCCCGAGCACAGCCUGGCCGGCCCCCUGCACCCCACCAUGACCAUGGCCUGCGAGACGCCCCCAGGUAUGAGCAUGCCCACCACCUACACCACGCUAACCCCGCUGCAGCCGCUGCCGCCCAUCUCCACCGUCUCCGACAAGUUCCCCCACCACCACCACCACCACCACCACCACCACCACCCGCACCACCACCAGCGCCUGGCGGGCAACGUGAGCGGCAGCUUCACGCUCAUGCGGGACGAGCGCGGGCUGGCCUCCAUGAACAACCUCUAUACCCCCUACCACAAGGACGUGGCAGGCAUGGGCCAGAGCCUCUCGCCCCUCUCCGGCUCCGGUCUGGGCGGCAUCCACAACUCCCAGCAAGGGCUCCCACACUAUGCCCACCCGGGUGCCGCCAUGCCCACCGACAAGAUGCUCACCCCCAACGGCUUCGAAGCCCACCACCCGGCCAUGCUCGGUCGUCACGGGGAGCAGCACCUCACGCCCACUUCGGCAGGCAUGGUUCCCAUCAACGGCCUUCCUCCACACCACCCCCACGCCCACCUGAACGCCCAGGGCCACGGGCAACUCCUGGGCACGGCCCGGGAGCCCAACCCUUCGGUAACCGGUGCGCAGGUCAGCAAUGGAAGUAAUUCAGGGCAGAUGGAAGAGAUCAAUACCAAAGAGGUGGCGCAGCGUAUCACCACCGAGCUCAAGCGCUACAGCAUCCCACAGGCCAUCUUCGCGCAGAGGGUGCUCUGCCGUUCCCAAGGGACCCUCUCGGACCUGCUACGCAACCCCAAACCCUGGAGCAAACUCAAGUCCGGCCGGGAGACCUUCAGGAGAAUGUGGAAGUGGCUGCAGGAGCCGGAAUUCCAGCGUAUGUCUGCGCUCCGCUUAGCAGCAUGCAAAAGGAAAGAGCAAGAACACGGGAAGGAUAGAGGCAACACACCCAAAAAGCCCAGGUUGGUCUUCACAGAUGUCCAGCGUCGAACUCUACACGCAAUAUUCAAGGAAAAUAAGCGUCCAUCCAAAGAAUUGCAAAUCACCAUUUCCCAGCAGCUGGGGUUGGAGCUGAGCACCGUCAGCAACUUCUUCAUGAAUGCGAGGAGGAGGAGUCUGGACAAGUGGCAGGACGAGGGCGGCUCCAAUUCAGGCAACUCAUCUUCUUCAUCAAGCACUUGUACCAAAGCAUGA